GGCCAGCUGUGGAAUGAUGAGGUUCAAUAAAGAUAUAGAUACAUAAAAUACAAUAUUCCAUUUUUUUAAGAUUUAUGUUUUUGAUGUUUUUAAUGUUUAUGUGUUUCGAUUUUCAGCACAUUGACGUGAUUUUCUACUACUUGCGAAAGAAAGGAAAGUAUGACAGAAGGAGCACUUUCAAAUACACAACAGUUGACUGUCUCUUCAUGCGAAAGGUUGAUCAAACAUAUCUUGCAUACAACAAUCCGGAAACUGGACCCAAUGUAGCCAACGAAGAAGACGAUAUAUGUCAAUAUGUUAAGGGCUACAGAUUGCAUGCAAAUGUCCCGUGGCAUUCAGUUGACAAUAUUUUUAUACCUGUCAACAUCAAAGAGGAUAAUCAUUGGAGUUUGGUCGUACUCUCAUUCAAUGACAGGCGACUUUAUGUGUACAACUCAUACCGAGGCAGCGCAGGCCACAAUGCGGUUGUUAGAAAGGAAGUACAAAAGCUUAAUCACCCAGCAUAUACGGACAUGACACAGAAUGAGAACAUUCAAGUGGAGUAUGUAGAAAAUUUGCCGCAGCAAGACACUACCAGCAUGGAUUGUGGUGUGUACGUAGCAGCGUUCGCUGAAUAUCUAAGCACUGGUGAAGGUAUCCCAGCACAAAUCGAUGCAACAAUGCUCCGCAAUAGGUAUGACGCACUCCUUUGGGACUAUGCUGCACGGAAGAUCGAUGAACAUGCUAUGAGCGACAUUGAGGCACCACCAAAACCAGUUAGGCCAGCAGUGGAUUAUGGCAAAGCUGACAGAAUUGAUAUUACUUAG